GGGAGGGCGCGCGGCGCCGGAGACAUGUCCAGGAGGAAGCAGAGCAACCCGCGGCAGAUCAAGCGUUCCGUCGGCGACAUGGAGGCCGGAGAAGAGGCCCAGGCCGGGGCCAGCCCCCUUUCGGAGCGGGAGUCUGCGGCAUCGGAGGCCUCGGCCUCGGGGGAAGCUGAGCCCCCGCGUCCUUCCGGGCCAGACACGCCCCCCCCACCGCCAUCCCCCACAUCCCCAGAAGGCCCGGAGGAGGCAGAGGGGCCAGAGGCGAGGCGGGACGAGGAGGCCGGCGAGUCCUGGAGCGGCCCAGACGAGCUGGAGCUGGUGCUGCAGGACGGGCAGCGGUGCGUGCGGGCGCGGCGUGGCCUGGCCCAGGGCCUGUCCUGGGGCCCGUUUCCUGGGGACAUCCAGAGCAGAGCCUCGUCUCCGGGGCAGGCAGAACUGGGGCCCGCCGUGACCCUGCUGCUGGAGGAUGAGGCCUGCUGGCUGCGGACACUGCCCCAGGCGCCGAGCGAGGCCGAAGCCAACGCCGAGAUCCACAGGAAGGACGGCGCCGUGUGGUGCAGCCUCACCAAGCCCGUGCCGGCGGGCGCUCUGCUGAGCGUGCUCCUCGUGGCCAAGCCCCUCGACACUCCCAGCCACCCUGUGAAGACAGAGCCAGCAGAGUCCAAGAGCCCAGCCCCCCCACACCCCGACAUCCAGCUCCUGCCCCAGCAGGCCGGCAUGGCAUCCAUCCUCGCCACGGCCAUCAUCAACAAAGACGUCUUUCCCUGCAAGGACUGCGGCAUCUGGUACCGGAGCGAGCGGAACCUGCAGGCCCACCUCCUGUACUACUGCGCCAGCCGCCAGGGCGCCGGCACCCCCGCCGCGGCGGCCGCCGACGAGAAGCCCAAGGAGACGUACCCCCACGAGCGCGUCUGCCCCUUCCAGUGCCGCAAGAGCUGCCCCAGCGCCAGCUCCCUGGAGAUCCACAUGCGCAGCCACAGCGGAGAGCGGCCCUUCGUCUGCCUCAUCUGCCUGUCGGCCUUCACCACCAAGGCCAACUGCGAGCGCCACCUCAAGGUGCACACGGACACGCUGAGCGGUGUCUGCCACAGCUGUGGCUUCAUCUCCACCACAAGGGACAUCCUGUACAGCCACCUGGUCACCAGCCACAUGGUCUGCCAGCCGGGCUCCAAGGCUGAGCUCUACUCCCCCGGGGCCGGCCCCGCGGCCGCCAAGCUGCCCCCAGACGGCCUGGCCGGCUUCCCGCAGCCGGCGGCCCCGCCCGCGCCCGCGCCCGCGCCGGACAGGGAGGCCCCGGCGGCGGCGGCCACCAACGGCGAGGCCAGGGCCGGCGCCCAGAACGGGGAGGCCGGCGAGCCCCCCGCGGCCGCCGGCGGCCGCAGCAUCAAGGUGGAGGCGGAGGAGCCCGAGGCGGAGGCGCCGGCCCCGGCCCCGGCGCGGACGCCGUCCCCGCGCAGCCCCGCGGCCCCGCGGGUGAAGGCGGAGCUGCCCAGCCCCACGCCGGGCGCGAGCCCGGGGCCCGGCGAGCUGGGCCUGGCGGCCGGGCCGCUCCUCGCGCCGCCCUUCGCGCUGGACGCGGCGCCGCCCGCCGCGGAGAUCCUGGCGCAGAUGUCGGAGCUGGCGCGCGGCCGGCUGCGGGGGCCGCGGGGGGCGCCGGCCGCGCUCUUCGCGGGGGCCCCCCCGGGCGCCACGUGCUUCGACUGCGACAUCACCUUCAGCCACGUGGGCAACUUCUACGCGCACAAGCGGCUCUACUGCGCCGGCCGCCGCGCGCCCGAGGACGCGCCCCCCGCGCGCCGGCGCGCGCCCCCCGCGCCCCCCGACGCGCCGCCCGCCGCGCCGCCCGGCCCCGGCCCCGGCCCCGGCCCCGGCCCCGGCCCCGCGGCGCGCGAGGAGGAGGCGGCGGCGGGCGCGGGCGCGGGCGCGGGCGAGGCGGCCGGCCGGGGCGGCGAGGGCAGCCCGAGCCCGGGCAGCGGGGCGGACGACGACGACGACCCGCGCCGGACGCUGUGCGCGGCCUGCAACAUCCGCUUCAGCCGGCGCGAGACCUACGCGGUGCACAAGCGCUACUACUGCGCCUCGCGCCACGACCCGCCGCCGCGCCGCCCGCCGCCCGCCGCCCCCGGGGCGCCCCCCGCGCCCGCCCCGCGCGCGCGCCGCCGCCGCAAGCUCCACGAGCUGCCCGCCGCGGGCCCCGCCCCCGCGCCCGCCGCGGGCCCCCGCCCCGCGCCCGCCGGCCCCGCCCCCCCGGCCGCCGCCGGCCCCGCCCCGCGCCCGCCGCCGGCCCCGCCCCCGAGCCGCCCGCCUGCCGCGCCCGCCGCCGACGGCCCCAUCGACCUGAGCAAGAAGCCGCGGCGCCUCGGCCCCGACGCGCCCGCGCCCGCGCCCGCCGGCCUGCCCGCGCUGGCCGACUACCACGAGUGCACCGCCUGCCGCGUCAGCUUCCACAGCCUCGACGCCUACCUGGCCCACAAGAAGUUCGCCUGCCCCGCCGCGCCCCGCCCGCCCGACGCCGCGCCCGCCGGCUGCCCCUGCUGCCCGCCCGGCGGCCGCGCGCGCGGCGACCUCGUGCGGCACCUGCGCCUGGCGCACGGCCUGCGCCUGGCCGAGGCCCGGCCGCCCUCGCCCGCCGCGCCCCGGGACAGCCCCGAGCCCGACGGCAGCCCCCGGCCCGGCGCGCCGCCGUCGCCGGCCCCCGCGGACAAGGGCGCGCCCGCGCCGGCGCCCAACGGCAGCCACCGGUUCUGCCGCCUGUGCAACAUCCGCUUCAGCAGCCUGUCCACCUUCAUCGCGCACAAGAAGUACUACUGCUCCUCGCACGCCGCCGAGCACGUCAAGUGACCGCGCGGCGGGGCCGGGGCGGCCG